AUGCACAGCAAUGGGCGAGCCCAAGACGAGCCCGAGGACGACGUGUUUGCUGAAGCUGCAGCCGCCACUAUCUCUCCCUCCUCUGCCUAUGUCAUUGCAGCGGCGACUCAUCAGCUCGCCGCCUCUAACUCAAUCCCUCGCCUGACCUCCACCUCUGCCUCCCCUUCAGAUGCAGCCGCCAGUAUCACCCCCUCCUCCGCCUAUGUCAAUACAGCGGCGACUCAUCAGCUCGCCGCCUCUCACUCAAUCCCUGGCCUGCCCUCCGCCUCUGCCUCCCUUUCAGCUGCAGCCGCCACUAUCUCUCCCUCCUCCGCCUAUGUCAUCGUGGCGACUCAUCAGCUCGCCGCCUCUCACACAAUCCCUGGCCUGCCCACCGCCUCUGCCUCCCCUUCAGCUGCAAGCGCCACUAACUCUCCCUCCUCCGCCUAUGUCAACGCAGCGGCGGCGACUCAUCAGCUUGCUACCCGGAUCUCUCCCUCCGCUGCCUAUGUGCAUGUCUCGGUUCCUGGCCAGUCCAGGCCCGCCGUUGCACCUGGAUCGACCUCCCUGCCACCUGCUCCCAGUGCACUCUCACCCUCGCCCUCCUAUAUCAAUCCUGGGUUGCACCCAACCAACUCAGGUCAGCCUGGCUCCGGCCUCAUCCCACCAGCCUCUGCACCCCCUGCUGCCGCAGUGGCGCCCCCUACUACACAAUUGCAGCCGUCUGGACUCCCAUGGGCACUCCGUGCCGCUUUUAGCCGUGCUGUGGCAAAGGCCCACAUCAGACGACAGGCCAUCGACUGCUCUGCAAUGUCGCUACGGCAACACGGGUGGUACAAUAACGUCAUCACGGCGUUAGAUGCUUUCUCGGAUGUGAACGGGGACCUUAAGUGUUGCACCAACAUCACCCUCCUUCUUCCCCCAUCCCUACACGUCUUCUUCUUCCCCCCACCUCCUCCCCGUCCACCUUUCUCCUGUGUUCCGUCUUUCCUGCUAGUACCCUCCCUGACAUCGCUUCCCCACAGCAGCAAUCACUGUCUGUAUGAUCCCAGCCCAGCAGUCCCCAGUGUACCCUCUUUCCCUCCCUGUUUUCCCCUCCCCACCCCAGCAGCAAGCAAGGCCAGCCAAGGCAGAGCCCAACAGUCCCCAGUGUACCCUCUUUCCCUCCCUGUUUUCCCCUCCCCACCCCAGCAGCAAGCAAGGCCAGCCAAGGCAGAGCCCAACAGUCCCCAGUGUACCCUCUUUCCCUCCCUGUUUUCCCCUCCCCACCCCAGCAGCAAGCAAGGCCAGCCAAGGCAGAGCCCAACAGUCCCCAGUGUACCUUCUUUCCCUCCCUGUUUUCCCCUCCCCACCCCAGCAGCAAGCAAGGCCAGCCAAGGCAGAGCCCAACAGUCCCCAGUGUACCCUCUUUCCCUCCCUGUUUUCCCCUCCCCACCCCAGCAGCAAGCAAGGCCAGCCAAGGCAGAACCCAACAGUCCCCAGUGUACCCUCUUUCCCUCCCUGUUUUCCCCUCCCCACCCCAGCAGGAAGCAAGGCCAGCCAAGGCAGAGCCCAACAGUCCCCAGUGUACCCUCUUUCCCUCCCUGUUAUCCCCUCCCCACCCCAGCAGCACGCAAGGCCAGCCAAGGCAGAGCCCAACAGUCCCCAGUGUACCCUCUUUCCCUCCCUGUUUUCUCCUCCCCACCCCAGCAGCAACAGGAAGCAAGGCCAGCCAAGGCAGAGCCCAACAGUCCCCAGUGUACCCUCUUUCCCUCCCUGUUUUCCCCUCCCCACCCCAGCAGCAACAGCAAGCAAGGCCAGCCAAGGCAGAGCCCAACAGUCCCCAGUGUACCCUCUUUCCCUCCCUGUUUUCCCCUCCCCACCCCAGCAGCAAGCAAGGCCAGCCAAGGCAGAGCCCAACAGUCCCCAGUGUACCCUCUUUCCCUCCCUGUUUUCCCCUCCCCACCCCAGCAGCAAGCAAGGCCAGCCAAGGCAGAACCCAACAGUCCCCAGUGUACCCUCUCUCCCUCCCUGUUUUCUCCUCCCCACCCCAGCAGCAAGCAAGGCCAGCCAAGGCAGAGCCCAACAGUCCCCAGUGUACCCUCUUUCCCUCCCUGUUUUCCCCUCCCCACCCCAGCAGCAAGCAAGGCCAGCCAAGGCAGAGCCCAACAGUCCCCAGUGUACCCUCUUUCCCUCCCUGUUAUCCCCUCCCCACCCCAGCAGCAAGCAAAGCCAGCCAAGGCAGAGCCCAACAGUCCCCAGUGUACCCUCUUUCCCUCCCUGUUUUCCCCUCCCCACCCCAGCGGCAAGCAAGGCCAGCCAAGGCAGAGCCCAACAGUCCCCAGUGUACCCUCUUUCCCUCCCUGUUUUCCCCUCCCCACCCCAGCAGCAAGCAAGGCCAGCCAAGGCAGAGCCCAACAGUCCCCAGUGUACCCUCUUUCCCUCCCUGUUUUCCCCUCCCCACCCCAGCAGCAAGCAAGGCCAGCCAAGGCAGAGCCCAACAGUCCCCAGUGUACCCUCUUUCCCUCCCUGUUUUCCCCUCCCCACCCCAGCAGCAAGCAAGGCCAGCCAAGGCAGAGCCCAACAGUCCCCAGUGUACCUUCUUUCCCUCCCUGUUUUCCCCUCCCCACCCCAGCAGCAAGCAAGGCCAGCCAAGGCAGAGCCCAACAGUCCCCAGUGUACCCUCUUUCCCUCCCUGUUUUCCCCUCCCCACCCCAGCAGCAAGCAAGGCCAGCCAAGGCAGAACCCAACAGUCCCCAGUGUACCCUCUUUCCCUCCCUGUUUUCCCCUCCCCACCCCAGCAGGAAGCAAGGCCAGCCAAGGCAGAGCCCAACAGUCCCCAGUGUACCCUCUUUCCCUCCCUGUUAUCCCCUCCCCACCCCAGCAGCACGCAAGGCCAGCCAAGGCAGAGCCCAACAGUCCCCAGUGUACCCUCUUUCCCUCCCUGUUUUCUCCUCCCCACCCCAGCAGCAAGUAAGGCCAGCCAAGGCAGAGCCCAACAGUCCCCAGUGUACCCUCUUUCCCUCCCUGUUUUCCCCUCCACACCCCAGCAGGAAGCAAGGCCAGCCAAGGCAGAGCCCAACAGUCCCCAGUGUACCCUCUUUCCCUCCCUGUUUUCCCCUCCCCACCCCAGCAGCAAGUAAGGCCAGCCAAGGCAGAGCCCAACAGUCCCCAGUGUACCCUCUUUCCCUCCCUGUUUUCCCCUCCACACCCCAGCAGCAAGCAAGGCCAGCCAAGGCAGAGCCCAACAGUCCCCAGUGUACCCUCUUUCCCUCCCUGUUUUCCCCUCCCCACCCCAGCAGCAAGCAAGGCCAGCCAAGGCAGAGCCCAACAGUCCCCAGUGUACCCUCUUUCCCUCCCUGUUUUCCCCUCCCCACCCCAGCAGCAAGCAAGGCCAGCCAAGGCAGAGCCCAACAGUCCCCAGUGUACCCUCUUUCCCUCCCUGUUAUCCCCUCCCCACCCCAGCAGCAAGCAAAGCCAGCCAAGGCAGAGCCCAACAGUCCCCAGUGUACCCUCUUUCCCUCCCUGUUUUCCCCUCCCCACCCCAGCGGCAAGCAAGGCCAGCCAAGGCAGAGCCCAACAGUCCCCAGUGUACCCUCUUUCCCUCCCUGUUUUCCCCUCCCCACCCCAGCAGCAAGCAAGGCCAGCCAAGGCAGAGCCCAACAGUCCCCAGUGUACCCUCUUUCCCUCCCUGUUUUCCCCUCCCCACCCCAGCAGCAAGCAAGGCCAGCCAAGGCAGAGCCCAACAGUCCCCAGUGUACCCUCUUUCCCUCCCUCUUUUCCCCUCCCCACCCCAGCAGCAAGCAAGGCCAGCCAAGGCAGAGUCCAGCAGUCCCCAGUGUACCCUCUUUCCCUCCCUGUUUUCCCCUCCCCACCCCAGCAGCAAGCAAGGCCAGCCAAGGCAGAGCCCAACAGUCCCCAGUGUACCCUCUUUCCCUCCCUGUUUUCCCCUCCCCACCCCAGCAGCAAGCAAGGCCAGCCAAGGCAGAGCCCAACAGUCCCCAGUGUACCCUCUUUCCCUCCCUGUUCUCCCCUCCCCACCCCAGCAGCAAGCAAGGCCAGCCAAGGCAGAGCCCAACAGUCCCGAGUGUACCCUCUUUCCCUCCCUGUUUUCCCCUCCCCACCCCAGCAGCAAGCAAGGCCAACCAAGGCAGAGCCCAACAGUCCCCAGUGUACCCUCUUUCCCUCCCUGUUUUCCCCUCCCCACCCCAGCAGCAAGCAAGGCCAGCCAAGGCAGAGCCCAACAGUCCCCAGUGUACCAUCUUUCCCUCCCUGUUUUCCCCUCCCCACCCCAGCAGCAAGCAAGGCCAGCCAAGGCAGAGCCCAACAGUCCCCAGUGUACCCUCUUUCCUUCCCUGUUUUCCCCUCCCCACCCCAGCAGCAAGCAAGGCCAGCCAAUGUCAACAGGAAUGGAGUGUUGGCCCCGCCCUCGCUUGGGCAACGCCGACGACUUGGUCGGAUGUACGGGAGUAG